AUGGAUACCGGAGAAGGGUCGCACACAGAAACAAAAACCAAGAAAAAUUCAUAUAAUGCUUGGACAUAUGAAGAGUGUCAAGAGUUGCAGGCUACAUUAGUUGAAGCUAUCAAACGGGGGUGGCGUGACAAAAACGGUUCGAUAAGUAAAGCUACGGUAGAGACAAAGAUACUACCAAUGCUAAAUAAAAAGCUUAAAUGCAAUAAGACUUACACGAAUUACUUAAGUCGAAUGAAGACUUUAAGAAGGGAAUAUAAUGUGUAUUCUGAACUCUUACGCUUUAGCUCUGGUUUUGGAUGGGAUCCCAUCAGAAAACAAUUUACAGCUCCAGAUGAUGUGUGGGCAGCCUACUUGUUGGGGCAUCCAAGGCAUGAAAAACUGAGGACCAGCACUUUUGAAGAUUUUGAGGAUUUACAAUUGAUUUUUGAAACUGUUAUAGCAAAGGGAAUCAACACGUUUGGACUUGGUAGUGAUUCAAAUGCUGAAACUUUUGAAGACGAAGAUGAUGAUCUUCAAGCAAGAGAUGAUUUGGGGGAUGACGACGAGGUGGAUAAAGUCUUUGUUAAACCAAAGUUACCUACUUGA